AUGAAAUUAUCGGUUGACAGACGUGAAGAUGAUUUGCCACCAACUUCAAGUGCUGUUCCUCGAAUUCACUUAGCUGGUGCGGUACCUGUAAUGCCUGGCUUGGCUCCAGUUACUCUUUCGUCGCCAACUAAACGCUCCAAUGGCUACCAUGGCACUAAUGGAAAUAAUCAAUCUACCGCUGCAGAACUCGCGGAAGCUAUUGAUGGAAUUCAACUGAAUUCAGGACGUCUUCAGCAUACUCCUGUUAUUCCCUUAAAUGGGGGAGUUGGAGAGACAGUAACCGUCCAACGAUCCGAACCCAAGAUUGAAUCGGAGUUCAUAGAAGACGAAAAUGGAAAACUUAUCAAACGAACUACAAAACGAACUCAGGUCGUGACUACAAAGACCUAUUCAGAAAGAUAUAUUAAUCCGGAGCUACUAGUCCUUCCAUGCCUCCCUGUGCAUUUUCAUCCAACGGGUCAAGUUUAUCGGCUGGUGAUUUACUACUUCAACUCAGCUCGUGAUCUAGUUAUUUUUCCCAUUCCUGAAAGAGUUAGAAGACGCAAUUUUAAGGGUGACACAGCUGGACCCUCGGGUCAUGGUAACUACUACCAAUUUGCACAACCAACAACAGCACCACCAUUCUUCCGGAGGAUAUCACAAUCAUCACCUACAGCAUCAUUCGGCAGGUAUUGGCAAGCGGUCCCCAAUGGCGGCAACCCACUCCCCCAACAACAACAACAACAAUGGUACCAGCAAUGGGCGCAGCGCUCAUUUCAAUUGCACCCCAGCGUCGUCCAAUCGUUGAGUACCACUGUCCUCCUCUCACCAACACUUCCUCCCUAUGCCCCCCGUCGAUCCUGA